AUGUCAGCACUGACUCGAUUCGUGUCCAACACUUUUACGGACCUCUCGCAUAAACGUCAAAGCAAACGGCUAGUUCAUGACGAGAGCAUUAGCAGCGACCUCAACAGCGCCGCCGCCGAUAUCAACCCAAACUUCAACUUUUUCGACCCUGCCGAACAUUUCGGGGAGGAGACGUGGCAAGGGACGUCGGCCAGCCAGCAGAAACCAUUAGAGAAAAGGGAAGAGAAGAAGGAGGAGAAGAAAGGAAAAGAUACGACCCAAGUCCCGUUCCCGGUAACCGUCACCGAAGUCUCGUCAGGGCGCCGAGUACUGCCACUUAAAAAUAUGGUAAAGAAGUUGACCCCCUUCAACAACAACUCCAAGGAAGUGAAGGAUAAGAAUUCCGCAGAUGAGAAACCGGCAACAGAUCGGUCAGACGAGGAGGCGAGGAAGAACGAGAAGAAGGGCAUGUGGAAGUUAAAAGAGCAGAUUGAACGGCGCAAAAACGGUGACAAGCAGAUGCUGAUUGACCUCGACGAUAACAGCUAU